UUCUACAUCGUCUCUCCUGGAACUUUCCCACAAUCAACAUCACCAACCACGACGACGCUUUUCGCUCUGGUCCAUCGGCGGAUUCUUCUGUUUAGGCAGACAACUCAGUACGGCUCAUGACUCCAUAACUCGCUACGACCUCGACCAUCCUUCGCCUUCGAACACGCUCGUUACUUUCUCGCGACAGCUCGCGAGGCCGCAGCCAUGAGGCUCUCCUCCCUCGCGCUCUGGCUAGGCGCAUCAGUCCUCGGUGCUGCACAAGCCAUUGGCGCCGAGAAAAACAACGAUCCCAAGGCGGAAAAUACAUAUUUCGAUGGCAAGAAGGUGCCGCCGUUGCUAGAGCUGACGGCAGACAACUUUGCCAGUGAGGUUGCGAAGACAAAGUUUCUCGUGGUAAAAUACUUCAGUCCGUACUGCCCGCAUUGUAUAGAUUUCGCACCCACGUACCAGACCUUAUACGAGUACUAUUAUACAUCGGACCCCCCGACGUCUUCCAAGGAAUCUUCUUUUGAAGCGUACUAUGACAUCCGGUUCGCCUCCCUCAACUGUAUCGCCUAUGGAGACAUGUGCGUCAAGCACAGCGUUCAGUCGUAUCCCCAGACUUCCAUCUUUAAAGACGGCGAGACUCUCGACAUCGUGAGAGGUGGCAAGAACAUUACUGUCAUCUCUAAGCUGGUCGAGGACGCUCUUGAGAAGGAGCAUCCUGGAACCCGACCAACUGCACUUGUUCUACCCACACCCGGAGCCACCUCUUUGUCUGAACCUACUGAAGCUGCCAAGAAGUCGGAGGCUGCCGUGGUCAAGGACGAGAUACCACUCAGGAAAGCCGAUAAGACCGAAACCAAGGAUGACUCCUCAAAGGCUGACCUGAAGACCGACGAGUCUGAGAAAACCGACAAGACCGAAAAGCCCGGCAAGACUGAGAAGUCUGAGAAGACUGAGAAGACUGAGACUACCAAGAAGGAGGGCAAGAAACUGGACAACACCGAUGAUAGCAAGUACCAAAUUGCUUUCACCCCACCAGAGGUCAAGCACCCCAAGUCGGCUACCACCCCGAACAAAGAGGGCGCGUCUGUUCCUCUCAACGCCGAGAGUUUCCAACAGCUUGUCACCAUGUCGCAAGAUCCGUGGUUCAUCAAGUUCUACGCACCGUGGUGCCACCACUGUCAGGCCAUGGCCCCGAGCUGGCAACAGCUUGCUAAGGAAAUGAAGGGCCGCCUGAACAUUGGAGAAGUCAACUGUGAUGCCGAAUCGAGACUGUGCAAGGACGUCCACGUCCGAGGAUAUCCCACCGUGCACUUCUUCAGGGGUGGUGAGCGUGUCGAGUACGAUGGCCUCCGUGGUCUAGGAGACUUUGUCAAGUACGCCGAAAAGGCCAUGAACAUCGGUGAUGGGGUUCCCGACGUUGAUGCCGCGUCAUUCAAGGCUUUGGAGGAGAAGGAGGAAGUCAUUUUCCUCUACUUCUACGACCACGCUGUCACAUCCGAGGACUUUUUGGCCUUGGAGAGAUUGCCUCUCAGCCUCAUUGGUCGUGCGAAGCUAGUCAAGACCAGGGACCCCGAAUUGUACGACAGAUUCAAGAUCACUACAUGGCCCCGCCUUAUUGUGUCGCGCGAAGGCCGCCCGACGUACUACACUCCUCUCACUCCCCGAGAGAUGCGUGAUACCCGACAAGUCUUGAACUGGAUGAAGUCGGUUUGGUUGCCAAUCGUUCCCGAGAUGACUGCCUCUAACGCUCGUGAGAUCAUGGACGGAAAGAUUGUUGUUCUUGGCAUUGUGAACAGAGAAGACCAAGAGUCCUUCACAGGUGCUAUGCGUGAGAUGAAGCAGGCCGCCAAUGAAUGGAUGGACAAGCAGAUCCAGCUGUUCCAGCUCGAGCGACAAGAAUUGCGAGAUGCCAAGCAGCUCAGAAUCGAGGAAGCCGAAGACCGAAACGAUCAACGUGCGCUCCGGGCCGCUAAGAGUAUCCGUAUCAACAUGGAUAGAGCAGAUCGUAAGGAGGUCGCCUUUGCUUGGGUUGACGGUGUCUUCUGGCAGAGAUGGAUCCGUACCACCUAUGGCAUUGACGUCAAGGAUGGUGAGCGUGUGAUUAUCAACGACGAGGACAACCGCAGAUACUGGGAUCAAACGAUUACCGGAAACUCCAUUAUCCCCUCACGAACCUCUAUCCUCGAGACCAUCGGCAAAGUUACCGCAUCGCCGCCCAAGAUCAAGCCCAAGUUGACCAUCUCGAGCUUGGAGAAGAUUUUCUUUGACAUUCGCAUGACCUUCUCCGAGCACCCAUAUCUGAGCUUCGGCUGCGUUGGUGGUCUGGCACUUGGCAUUGCGUCCUGGUUCCGUGGCCGGCUUCGAAGGAGAGGUGGUCACUUCCGCCUAGACGACACAUUGCCAAUCAAGGAGCUCAAGGAGGGAUUCCUUGGUACUACAGCCAAUGGAAAGAAGGACUAGACGACUGCAUCUCAUCUUGAAUUACUAAAAUAGCUAAAGUCCGCAUAUGAGAUUAGGGAAGCCGGCGCAUUAUGAACGAUCCACCAUGGGUUUUCAUGGAGUCGAGUGAAUUCGACUAUCCAGUUAGGAGUUCUGUACAUUACGUGCUCUCAUAUUGCACACAUGUUUGCAUAGUCACUACACAUCUCAUGGCUUAG